UUUCUAUCUUUUAAUAUCAACAACACAUUCUAAAUGCUUGAUGACUCCGUACGUACUUUUUCAUAUAUAACAUCACUACCAAACGUUAUAUAGUUCAUAUCCCAUUUUCAGGGGUGACAAUAAGUGACAACAUUCAAGUUGGAGAAGAUAUGCUCAAAUCCGGCACCAUAACAGGUUUGAAGUUUCGUGAGAUUUGGGAGCCAUGGCUGCAGCCAGGCUCACCCUGCAUGUGGGAAAGUGCCAGCAUCAUUCUCCAGCUCGGCUUCUUGGCAGUUCUGUUAAUCGGCAUUGUGAAAAGACUCAUUGAGUCAUGGUCCUUCCACGAAACAAAAGUCAAGAGCCAUGAAACAUACCCAACCAACAUCAAGAUCGGUCUCUUUUAUAAAUCGAGUCUAGCCUGCUCCAUUCUUGUACUUGGAACACAUAUGAUGAUGCCAUUGACCUUAAAAACUAGAAAUGAAGCACAUUGCAAACUACAAAUCGUGAUUUUGUCAUCUGAAAUCAUGCAAAUUGUGUCAUGGGUCAUGACCUUGGUUGCAUUAUACAUGAUCCCAAAACAUAGAAAUGUCAAGUUUCCAUGGAUUUUAAGAGUCUGGUGGCUUUGCACUUUCUUGUUAGCGGUUUCUAGGUCAACUCUAGAUGUCCACUUUCUAGUUUCUCAUCAUGAACACCCACGACUACCCGAAUACAUUGACUUAAUUGCACUUCUAGCCUCGGCUUUCUUAUUAUUUCUGGCCAUAAAAGGAAAAACAGACAUAGCCCUGACUGACCAAAAUCCAAUCACCCAACCAUUUCUAGACAGAAACCCAAACCCAAAAGACCAUUUAGAAUCAAAAAGAGAAUGCCCAUAUGGAAAAGCUUCAGUUUUUCAACUUGUUACGUUUUCUUGGCUCAACCCGCUGUUUGUGGCUGGAAACAAGAAACCACUUGACCAAGAUGAAGUCCCGGAUGUUGAUACCAUUGAUUCUGGUCGCUUUACAUCAGAAUCAUUCGAUGAAUGCUUGAGGAAAGUUGGAACCGAAAAGCCUUCUAUCUACAAAGCAAUCUAUCUUUUCACAAGAAAGAAAAUGGCAAUCAAUGCCCUUUUCGCCAUUACAAGUGCUGCAGCAUCAUACGUAGGGCCAUACCUUAUCAGUGAUUUGGUGAAUUUUCUGAAUGAAAAGAAAAACAGAACUUUAACAAGCGGCUAUCUUAUUGCACUAGGAUUCUUGGGUGCAAAAUUCGUGGAGACAAUAACACAACGACAAUGGAUCUUUGGUGCCCGUCAACUGGGACUUAGACUUAGGGCUGCUUUAAUCUCUCAUAUAUACAAAAAGGGGCUCGUGUUAUCAAGCCGUUCAUGCCAAACUCACACAAGUGGUGAAAUUAUCAACAUUAUGAGUGUGGACAUCCAACGAAUAACAGAUUUCAUGUGGUAUAUUAACACAUUCUUUAUGUUACCUAUUCAAAUCACAUUAGCAAUGGUUAUUCUUCACAUAAAUCUUGGGAUGGGGUCGUUUGUGGGACUAGCAGCAACGAUGAUAUUAAUGUCUGGCAACAUACCUUUAACAAGAGUCCAGAAAUGGUACCAAUCGAAAAUUAUGGAGUCAAAGGAUACACGAAUGAAGUCAACUUCAGAAGUUUUACGAAACAUAAAGACACUGAAACUACAAGCCUGGGAUACUCACUAUCUUAAAAAACUCGAAGGUUUCAGGAAGGUUGAGUAUGAUUGGCUCUGGAAAUCACUUAAACUGAACGCUUUUGUAGCAUUUGUUUUCUGGGGUGCGCCAACGUUUAUCUCUGUGCUGACUUUUGGAGGCUGUGUUUUGAUGGGUAUCCCACUCACAGCUGGGAGAGUUCUUUCUGCUUUAGCUACAUUUCGGAUGUUACAAGAUCCUAUCUUUAAUCUACCUGAUUUACUAAACGUAAUUGCACAAGGGAAAGUGUCUGCAGAUCGUGUGGCUUCUUACCUCCAAGAAGAAGAGAUUCAGACAGAUACGGUUGAAUUUAUUCCUAGAAAUCAAACAGAAUUUGAUGUAAUGAUUGAAAACGGAAGGUUCAGCUGGGACCCAGAUUCAAGAACCCCAAAUCUUGAUCAGAUAGAGCUACAAGUGAAAAGGGGAAUGAAGGUAGCCAUUUGUGGAACUGUUGGGUCUGGAAAAUCAAGUCUUUUAUCAUGCAUACUCGGUGAGAUGCCCAAGUCAUCAGGAACUGUGAAAAUAAGCGGUUCAAAAGCUUAUGUUCCUCAGUCUGCAUGGAUCUUGACAGGGAACAUUAGAGAGAAUAUAUUGUUUGGAAAUGCUUAUGAUCAAAUGAAGUAUGACAAGACAAUCAAAGCAUGUGCCUUGAGUAAAGAUUUUGAGCUUUUCUCUACUGGAGACCUGACAGAAAUUGGGGAAAGAGGGAUAAACAUGAGUGGAGGCCAAAAGCAAAGGAUUCAGAUUGCCCGUGCAGUGUAUGAUGACGCUGAUAUAUAUCUCCUCGAUGAUCCCUUUAGUGCUGUAGACGCCCACACAGGAACCGAACUCUUUCAGGAAUGCCUUUUGGGGAUACUCAAAGAGAAGACCGUACUCUACGUGACACAUCAGGUUGAGUUUCUUCCAGCUGCAGACCUCAUUCUAGUUAUGCAAAAUGGAAAAAUUGCCCAAUACGGAACAUUUAAGGAACUUUUGAAACAAAACAUAGGAUUUGAAGUUCUUGUUGGAGCUCAUAACCAAGCACUAGAAUCGGUGCAAGCAGUUGAGAGUUCAAGCAGAGAAACCGAUCCAACAACAAUAGAAGAAGAACCAACUUUGAUGACAGAACUAACACAAAAGCAAGAUUCUGAGCAUAAUCUAUGUGUAGACAUCUCAGGAAAAGAAGGAAAGUUGGUUCAUGAAGAAGAAAGGGAAAAAGGAAGCAUAGGGAAAGAUAUCUAUUGGUCUUAUUUGACUUUAGCGAAAGGUGGUGUCCUAGUGCCUAUUAUACUUCUGGCUCAGUCAUCUUUCCAACUUCUACAAAUCGCUAGCAAUUAUUGGAUGGCAUGGGCAUGUCCUACCGAUUCAACUGAGAUUGUGACAGGGAUGGGAUUCAUUUUACUUGUUUAUACACUAUUGGCGUUUGGAAGUUCACUCUGCAUAUUAGUUCGUGCCUCACUUGUUGCUAUAGCAGGCCUUCUAACUUCUGAAAAGCUUUUCAACAAUAUGUUGCGCAGCAUUUUCCGUGCACCUAUGGCUUUCUUUGACUCAACUCCAACCGGAAGAAUCUUGAAUCGGGCAUCCACAGAUCAAAGUGUUAUAGAUUUAGAAAUGGCAAACCGAAUAGGAUGGUGUGCAUUUUCAAUGAUUCAGCUUCUUGGAACGAUGGCAGUAAUGUCACAGGUAGCAUGGGAAGUAUUCGCCAUCCUUGUUCCAGUGACAGCCAUCUGCGUUUGGUAUCAAAGGUAUUACAUACCAACUGCAAGAGAACUGGCACGUUUAGCAGGUAUAGAGAGAGCUCCAAUCCUUCACCAUUUUGCGGAAUCACUUACGGGUGCAGCAACUAUUCGUGCUUUCCAACAACAGGACAGAUUUAUUGAGAAGAAUCUUUGUCUCAUUGACAAUCAUUCAAGACCAUGGUUUCAUAAUGUGGCAGCAAUCGAGUGGCUUUGUUUCAGGCUGAACCAGUUAUCAAAUUUCGUGUUCGCGUUUUCAUUAGUCCUCCUAGUAACUCUUCCAGAUGGAAUCAUUGAUCCAAGCAUUGCAGGAUUAGCCGUAACUUAUGGAAUCAAUUUGAACGUUCAGCAAGCUGCGGUGAUAUGGAAUAUAUGCAAUGCAGAAAACAAAAUGAUCUCAGUGGAAAGAGUUUUACAGUACUCAAAACUUACUAGUGAGGCACCACUAGUAAUAGAAGACUCUCGACCAUCAAAUGAAUGGCCAGAAAACGGAACAAUCUCUUUUACCAAUUUGCAGAUUCGAUAUGCAGAUCAUCUUCCAUCUGUAUUGAAAAACAUUACCUGCACAUUUCCAGGAAGAAAGAAAGUUGGUGUUGUUGGUAGAACCGGAAGUGGAAAGUCGACACUCAUACAAGCAAUUUUCAGAGUUGUAGAGCCUACUGAAGGGUUCAUUACGAUAGAUGGGGUAGAUAUUUGUAAGAUAGGCCUCCAUGACUUGAGAUCAAGACUUAGCAUUAUUCCUCAAGAUCCCACUAUGUUUGAAGGAACAGUUAGAGGAAACCUUGACCCCCUAAACCAAUAUCCUGAUGCAGAAAUCUGGGAGGCUUUGGACAAAUGUCAACUUGGAGAUAUUGUUCGUGGAAAGGACGAGAAACUAGAAUAUCCAGUGGUCGAGGGAGGAGAAAACUGGAGUGUUGGGCAAAGACAAUUAUUUUGUCUUGGUCGAGCAUUACUUAAGAAAAGCAGCAUUCUUGUUCUUGAUGAAGCAACGGCAUCCAUUGAUUCUGCAACCGAUGGAAUUUUACAAAAGAUUAUUAGUGAAGAAUUUAAAGAAAGAACUAUUGUCACGAUAGCACACAGAAUCCACACGGUUAUUGACAGUGAUCUUGUUUUGGUGCUGAGUGAUGGAAAAGUAGCAGAGUUUGACUCACCUGCAAGGUUGUUAGAAAGGGAAAACUCGUUCUUUUCAAGACUCAUCAAGGAGUACUCGAAGAGGUCAAACUUCGACAAAAAGUGAGCUAACUAAUAGCCUGUACACCGAAAAGGGAGGGAUUCUUAGGAGCAAGCUAACAUAUCCGAACACUUCAUUAAUGAAGAUAUGUUUGUGCGUGUAGUUCAGUAUUCUUAACGAAUAAAUGAAACAAAAACAUGUAUGCCCUUCAAAUUCUUCAUGUAGUAAAUCGGCUAAAUAACAUUUAAGGAAA